ACCUAACAGAAAGGAGAUUGGCCUUGCUCCGGCGCUUGGCGGGCUCGGGGACUCAGGCCUGGGGUUCAGUGCUCCACCCCCGCCCCCAGAGUCAUACCUCCAUCCACACUCACGAGCACGGACCGCAGGCCCGUCCCGGCGCUCCUGGGACGGAUGAGCCUGAGUGAGGCCAGGGGACUGAUGGAGUGACCCGCGCUCGCCGGCGGAGAGAAAACACGCGCAGCCAGCCAGCCGGGGCCAGGAGCCGAGAGGGUCGAGUGAGGCCGAGACUGGUAGGCAGCAAACGGCGGAACCGGGGCCUGCACUCGGGGCCCGCAUCUUCAGACUUGGGUAGCUGGUGGGAGUUUCCUUAUGCCACCCCCACCCCGCCGCUGUAGAGCUGCGACCACCCCAGCCCUGGUUCCAGGUCCCGCUUUCUCUGGGCUGGGAAAAGCGGAGCGCGGAGGUGAGCGCGGCUGGAAGCCGGCUGGGCUGGGAAGCCAAACGGAGCGCUCAGCCUUCCGAGGCAUCCCGGUCCCCAGCACUUUCUGAGGAAUCCGAGCUCGCCCGAAUCUAGCUUCUCCUUUGACAGCACCGGGAGAGGCCGGGCCCUUCGUUCGCUUCGUUUGACUCAGAAAGGGGCUCCAAGAGAUACUGAGAGACCCCAGCGAAGAUGUGUACAAGGCCUCGCCUGUCUCUUUCCUGAGCUUCCCGUCAUAUGUCUUGGCAGGUUGUGGGAGAUUAGAUCCUUUGAGACCAUGGGGUGACAGUUCUUAACUGUGUUCGCCAACUUAAGCAAGAGGACAAUCGUUACCUUUAACCGAACAGAAAACAGGUGGAAUGCCAAGAAUUAUCCAGAGAGAACUGCACUCUGCUGCAGGGCAGGAACCUGGCUGUUUUGUUCAAGGCAGAAUUCCCAGCAUGUAGGCAUAAAGCUUGGCACACAGGCAUCUCGGCUCAGAAGGAGAGUUCUGACCAGAGAAGGGAAAAAGUGGCCAAACUGUUUCCUUCCUCCGCCCUUCUCCAAAGAAAGUCUUCAAACCCCAGGGGCAUGAUCCAUUGGCUCAGAUUCAGCAACACUGGGCCAACUUUCUCGUCCCAGGGCCAGAAUUGUCAUGCAUUUUUGGAGCCUCCUCCCAAGACAGGCCCAUGUCUGGUUCUGAGGAAGCCUCUCACAGUCCAAGCUGCAGUCAUCAUCCUGACGCUGGGCCUGACCGCCUCCGUCCUGCUGCAGGCCAUUUUCUAUCCCUGGUUUAUGCGCACAAUAUCAGAUGUAAAGACCAACGCCCAGUUGCUGAAAGGCCAUGUGGACAACAUCAGCACUCUGGGUUCUGAGGUUAAGAGGAAUAGAGGCGGCGUGGAGGCAACCGGCAUUCAGGUCCGGAUGGUGAAUGCCAGCCUGGAUCAUGUGCGUUCUCAGAUUGGGAAGUUGGAAGCUGGUGUGAAGAAAGCCGAUGCACAGAUCCAGAUAUUAACAAGAAGAUGGGAGGAGGUCAUUGAUUUAAAUGCCCAAAUUCCAGCGUUAAAAAGAGAUUUGGAUAAAGCCAGUUCUUUAAAUGCAAAGGUCCGGGGACUCCAGAGCAAUCUGGAGAACAUCAGCAAGUUGUUCAAACGGCAAAAUGACAUUCUGCAGAUGGUUUCUCAAGGCUGGAAGUACUUCAAGGAGAACUUUUAUUAUUUUUCUCAAAUCCCAAAGACCUGGUACAGUGCCCAGCAGUUCUGUAUGUCCAGGGAUUCACACCUGACCUCAGUGGCCUCAGAGAAUGAACAGGAAUUUCUGUACAAGAUGGCAGGUGGACUUUUCUACUGGAUCGGCCUGACCAAAGCCGGGAGUGAAGGGGACUGGUACUGGGUAGAUAAUACUCCAUUUGACAAGGACCUGAGUGCACGGUUCUGGAUUCCAGGUGAGCCCAACAAUUUUGGGAGCAAUGAACACUGUGCCAAUAUAAAGGCGUCCUCGCUUCAGUCAUGGAAUGAUGCCUCCUGUGACAACAAGCUCUUUUUCAUCUGUAAACGGCCCUACAUCCCGUCAGAACCAUGACAGGACUGGCUCCAAGCUCGCACAUUGAGCUCCAAUGCUUGUCAAACUCGAGAAAAUGCCCCUCUUUCUUCCAACUCCAGGGUGACUUUGCACCUUCAUUUUUCUGGCUUCAAAAUUGUCCCAGAGGCAUCCUGGAGUUCAUCUGCUUUGGCUGGGAAUUCUCUGACCCCAUAGAGGCACCUGGACUGGAAGGGAGAUCUUGGAAAGGGAGAGGAGGGCAGAGAGGAUUUGGAAGUUCCAACUGCCUCAGUAAGGUGAUCAGGACCUUGGGGUUCCCUGUCCCUUCAGAGAAGCCUCAGAUUUAUCACAUGAAGGUUGCUUCAGACCACCCAGACAAUUUUCCUGAUAUCAGUGUUUAGGGCUUUUCCAGUUGAUCCCACAGAAUUCCCAGUUGCCUGUCUAGGGGACUGUAUUAUUCUCAGUGGGAAGAGCUCUGCACUUGGUGACCCUGUCCAGGCUGUGACCCCACUGCCCACUCCAUCCAAAUCUCCUGACGUUUGAGCCCCUUCUUCUCUGAGAUGGGAACAACUGGUUCAGGUCAGGGGCCGAUGUGGAAAUGAGUCUUCUUUAGAGCUGGAUCAGUAUCCACGCUCCUUCUCGCUUGGCCUCACUCGGCAGACUCCAUGGUCCAGCUCUCUUGUGCAGUCCUCCGUCCAGCCCCUCUGCCUCCCCUCCUGCACAUCCUCUUCGGGCUGCGUUUCCUCUCUGCCCUUUAGGUACAGAGCAAGUGGUCCUCUGUCCCUAGAGAGUUCACCUGUAAACUUCAUCAGAAUAAAAUCCUGCGUGGG